GGGUAACUUGGAUUUUCUUUCUUCCUUAAUUCAUUACUUCAUCAAUAUCAAUGUCCCACUCCUACAUCACUUUCCAUGUGAUGCUUCAUACUUAUACUUUUUUUUUUCUUUUUCUUCUCUCAAUCAAUACUAAUUCAUUUCUCUAAUUUCUCCCCUUCUUCAAAACCCAGAAUCUGGGUUCUUCUGAAAAAUGAGAAAUUUUACAAAUGGAAUUGGCAGGAGAAAUAUCAGCAGAGGAAUCCUAUUUUUAUGGGUGGUUUUAACAAUUGGAUUUUGUUUAGCUACAUAUAGUCUUACCACAUUUUUGUUGAUUAGAAUUCAAUCAACAAGAAUUAGUGAUCAUGGGUCGGGGAGGUCAGACCCUGUUAUGGAGAUGCCUGAGACCCGGAAACUGGCCCGCGGAUCGAACCCGAAAUUUCAUGUAGUUGUGACAGCAACUGAUGCAAUUUACAGCAAAUGGCAAUGCCGGAUAAUGUACUAUUGGUAUAAAAAAGUUAAAGAUUUGCCCGGGUCGGGUAUGGGCGGGUUUACUCGGGUUUUGCAUUCGGGUCGGAGUGAUAAUUUGAUGGAGGAGAUACCUACUUUUGUGGUGGAUCCUCUUCCUAAUGGGCUUGAUCGGGUACAUCUUUCUUCACUAACAAAAUUCAAUGCAAUUAAGGGAUAUGUGGUAUUAAAUAGACCAUGGGCAUUUGUGCAAUGGUUAGAAAAGGCAACAAUUGAGGAAAAAUAUGUGUUGAUGGCUGAACCAGAUCAUUUGUUUGUAAGGCCUUUACCUAACUUAGCUGUCGGAAAAUACCCGGUAGCAUUCCCGUUUUUCUACAUCAAACCCGCUGAAAACGAAAAGAUCGUAAGAAAAUUUUACCCAAAAGGAUCUAUAUCAAAUGUGGAUCCUAUCGGAAAUUCUCCGGUCAUAAUAAGAAAGUCCAUAUUGAAGAAAAUUGCACCUACAUGGAUGAAUGUAUCAUUGCGUAUAAAGAAUGAUACGGAGGCUGAUACAACUUUCGGUUGGGUGCAAGAAAUGUACGCAUAUGCCAUAGCAUCAGCAUUGCAUGGUGUGAAACAUAUUCUUCACAAAGAAUUCAUGGUGCAGCCUCCAUGGGACCAAAAAUUAGGGGAUACCUAUAUCAUUCAUUAUACUUAUGGAUGUGAUUAUAACAUGAAGGGAGAGCUGACUUAUGGAAAGAUUGGAGAGUGGCGUUUUGACAAAAGAACGUACCUUAGCAACCCUCCACCCAAGAAUCUUACACUGCCUCCUCCUGGAAUUCCUGAGACUGUGGUGAGGCUUGUGACAAUGGUUAAUGAAGCAACGGCGAACAUUCCUGGCUGGGAAAAUUUGUAGUUGAACAUUCAUUUUAUAAAGAGAACAUACACAAAAUUUCAUUCUCAUAGAAAGAAUAAAAAGGUGAUGUUUUUGGCUUAUGUUGGGAUGUUUUGUGCACAAAAGGAUAAUAAUGAAAAUUAGAAAUAGAGAGCCUCAUAGAAAUUACUUUAUUUUGUUGUAAUAAAGCAUACAUUAUAAUUCAUGUUUAAGUAAUAAUAAUAA